GUGGCCCACGACACCCAGCUCAUCUUUGGGUCCCUUGGCCCCCAAAGAGAGUCCCUAGGGAGCAGAGAAGGAGAAGGGAAGAGGCGGGAUUUGGCUAACGGAGAAUUCGGCCAUGGGAGAAGCAACUGCCGGAAGAAUGGCAGGCCUAGAAGAGUGGAGGAACAAGGCGACUGAGCUCCAGCUUCCAACCUGCCGAGACCAUGAGACGUCACACAGAGAGACCCUCACGAGAGUCGCGCCGUCGGGAGAUGCGCUUGUCCACUACGCAGAUGGACUGACACAGGACACCUUCAAAAUAUGCAAGGAGUUCCUGAGACCCUUCAAGAAAUGCCUGCGGAAGCUGAAUUUGCCCAAAGAUUUCCCAAAGGAGAAGAGGCUGAGCUGCACCCGGAAGAACCUGACCAUCCUCGGGGACCAUAUCAACAUGUUCCUUCAGCACUACUGCAAGACCUGGGAGCUGAAGCACUGGAAGAAGAUGCUCUGGAGGUUUGUCUCCCUCUUCUCAGCCCUCGACGAGAAGCAGCUGUGCAGAUUGUACCGCUACAGCAAGACCGACCAAAUGGCCAAGUUCCUGAAAGCUUAUUGCCGGCUGGAAAGUCCCGACAUGGUUGUUCUGCCCGACUGUGGCAAGCUGAUGAAGCUGCGUGAUACCUGGGGACUCCAAGGCGGUGCAAAGAUGCAGGGGAAACUAAAACAGGUGUGCUCACUGUCGCAAGACUCUGACCUGCCUCCGGGAAGUACAUCUAAGAAGAGGCUGCACAAGAGGCCCUCAAAGGCAAGAAGGAAGGAAGGUGUCGAUAUCAGUCACCCCACAUACAUGGCUACCAUCUCACCUACCUCUACCAGCAAUGAAGCAGCGAAGCUUUCUCCUGCGGCUGAAGAAACUCCUUUAAAGACUGACCGUUAGCAUGUGCGGCUUUUACCAAGGAGACAACACACACAUACAAUGUACCCAACGGAGAAUUUGUAGAAAGAGUUUAGCUUUCUGCAAGACGCCUUUUAAAUUAGGGCUCUGCAGAGACUCGGUGUCAACAGCUUAUAUAAAGACCCGCUU